UCUCUUAGUUAAUUAUUUGUAGAUUGAGAUUCUUUUCUAUUUUAACCCUUGCUUGCAGCUAAAUGUAAACUAUACAAAUAGUAAUCAUAUGUAAUCGUGUGCAUUAAUAACAUGGUUUUUUAUCAUUCCCUCAACAGAAAUUAUGUUUCCAAAGAAAGCUGAAUUUCUUAAUUCAUUGCUUUAAAUAAUCUGGGGCUUUGUGUUUACACUGAAAUUGCACAGAGUCAAAAUCUGAAACUGUAGUUUGCCAUCUCCUAUUGUCUUGGGCUGUGCAAGGAGCCAAUCCCUGGUACAGGCAGGACUUGUGUCUCUUAGAGGGAAGCAGUGCCAUCUGAGAGUUUUUUAGAGUGUCUUGAAACAACAGAGCAUAAAAUACUAUUGCAGUGUGCUUUUUACUGAACUUGUAGAAUAAUGUGCCCUGAGUGAUUUUCUCAAGGAUGUUCGUGGUUGUUUUGAGAGCUCCUGAUGCCUCCAUUUACUUUAAUUCUUUUCUCUCCUAGCAGAAAAGUUCAAAUAAAUAUGAGGUUAAGAUCUGUGCAAAUGGAUAAUGUGUCAGAUUUGGUCAUUGUGCAAGGUGUUGCAUGUUCAUUUUAAUACCUUCCCCAUGUUAUCUAUUCUUUGUGUUUCUUUACCCUGUUCUACCUCCUUGUCUUCUCUUUCCUCUUUGCCUUUUUUCAGUCUCAGGUUGGUUCUUUUCACACAAAAACUUACACCAGAAAUAGAUGUUUUUUUUUAGAAUAUUCUAAUUCUAAGUACUAUUCUAAAAACACUUAGUUCACUGUUAGUAGUGUGCACCAUGCACAUUCUGAUGAGCCACUGUUUGUUUUUACAACAAAAUUUCAGCUAAACCACGCAAUCUGUCAUCUCAGUGAUGCAGAAGCAGAAGACUGCAUUCACAGUUUUCCUGACUGCCCUUGAGGCUCCACUUUCCCAGACCAGACUGUGUUCCAGAAGUAACAUAUGGAGCCUCUUGGAACAGGGUGGUAGUUGACUUCUUCUCUCAGCAUCAUGGCCUCGUGAUCCAUAUUUGGCAUGAGUCUGUCUCAGAUAAUUUUGCUCCAACUUUCUUGCUUCUGAAGAACAGAGAAGGGCACUGGAGCAGAAAUCAAGACUUUAUUAAAGCAUGUUCCAUAAAAGCUGUUUUAUGGGUCUCAAUGUUUAGGGCCAGUUUCUCAUUUGUGAAAAGGCUACUAUACAGCACUGUAGCAGAAGGGUUUUAGUGGUUGGAACAGAUUGCGUUUAAUGUUGUUUCUGUGGCCAAAUUGGUGCAGGGUGGCUUUAGGGUUGUGAAAAAGCUGAUUUGCGGUAGUAUCCUAGGAAUCGUGUUAUACGUGUUCAUGUGUUUCUGUUUGGGUUGUGUAUGCCCUGAUUAGGGUGAUGUGUCAUCUUUAAUUCAGUUUGGUUUGGACCCCACCCUUAAAAGUGUGUGCUUUGUGCCUGGAUGAGGGAAGUGGUAGCUGAGAAACUCAUGAACUUACUCUGUACUUAAUAAGUGCUGAAAGAUAUGUGUCAAGCUGCUUGCCAUGAAAGAUGCUCAGAUGUGUUGUUUCAGAACUACGACUGUUUCUACUGUGGCAGCAUUAAGAACACAUACAAACAUGGUUUGGGCCAUGAUGUGGAUUUUGUUCUGGUCCCAAGGGCACUCUGCAGCCUUCUCUUUCACAGGAGUUUAUGUAUGACUGCUGUGAAGAAAUGAACAAGAGAGGGAGGUGAUGUUUAAGAUGAGUGUGUGAUGGUUAUUACGCUAGGGUAGCAGUGACAGAAUAUCAGCUAUUUGGCUCAAGGCUGCUGGCUUUUAAGUUAUGGUUAACAGUUUGCUUUUCUCAAAUGUUUUCUUGCAUGAUGUUGAGUGCUGUGAGGAGAUGAUACUGGCCACAGAAGCUACUUUUUGUUUCUGAAUGAAUGUGCAUGUCUUUGCUACAGUUGAGACAAGUAAUGCUUGGAUUGUGUCAUGCUCAUGAAUACACUUAUCAGCAACUCCUGUAAUGGGUAAUAAUUCAGGCAGUUUGGAGUGUGGGGGAUAUGAGCUAGAAGCUAGUAAAUUGAGUGACUUAAGAGUAGGAAAUACACUGCAUUUGUCUGCAUUUGAUAAGGGCAGUCUUGCUAACUGUUCUGGACUUGCUUUGCUUUGAAAAUCUUGAGUGUGGGGGAGCCCACACUUUGAAAUGAAUUCCAGAACCUCAUUGCUGUAAUGAAUUGUGUGUUCCUUGGGCUUGCUAUUUGUACCCAGGGAAUCUGUAUGAUGGAUUUAAAGAUAUGUGAACAUCAGAUCUUGAAGUGAGAAAAAGCUUAUUUUCAAAAUUUUCUGGCUAGUAUAAGAUGCACUAGAGAAAGCACUUUGAAGGUAGAGGUUGCUGUUUAAAAAAAAAAAAAAUAUACCCUUCCCCCUCAAACACCAAACCAAACAAAAAAAACCAACCAAACCCUUAGUGUCUCAUCCCUAAGUUAUUGGGAGAAGGGGUUUGUGUGUUACUUGAUCUUGAUCCGUGACUGUGAUAUUCAAGAUCCUUGGUUUGGAUGUUGCCAUGAGCCCCUCAGAUUUCAACAAUUUUUCAUUCUGUUCAACAAGUAAAUCUGACUGCCAUUGCUAUUACUUAUGGAGUUACCAAUGCCCUGCCUACUUCUUGGAAGCAGGAGAAAAGUCAAAAACCAUUUCAUGCUCCCAGUCCUGUGCAGGGCUUUUCUGCUUUUGACCUCUGUGAGACUAAGUGGGCACACAGGCUCUUAAUUAGCUUGGCUUCCUGUGGAGCACAGUCAGUUGGGAGAUGUGGCUGUUACGUAUUCCUGUUUCAGUGGGUUAGCUUGCAUCCUCCCUGAGAUGUUACUCCAGGAAAGGAGAAAGCUUUUUUAUGUCUUCUUCUUCCAGAAGCUCUAUGAACACCUUCUGAGUUCUGCAGUGCUCACAAGGGGAUUUCUAGAAUGGUGCAGAAAGAUCAGGAAACAUGUAAGAGAUAUCCUACAUACUUUCUGCAAGAGAAAUUUCUAUAUUUAAUACAAAUGGAGAUAUUUUGAGUGCAAGUCUCAUUUAUGUAUCUGUCAUUGAAUGAAAGAAAAUAUUAUAUCUCAUAUACUGGUAAAAUUGCUUAGAAACUUAUUUAUGGAGCAAUUAUUCUGCUGUAGUGCUGUCUUGGUUAGUAAGAUGUAGCAGAUUCAGUUGCCCAAGCUUAGUGCUGCCAUGAGGCUUCUUGGGGGAGGCACUUGCUCUCUUCCAAAACUGACAGAAUUUAUGUAUAAUUUGUAAAGGAAAUUAUGAGUUAGCAGCUUGAAGCAGGUCUUGCCUUUUCAACCUUUUUUCAUACUUUUUCCUGUAGCACAAGACUCCUUUCCCAUCUGCCAUUCUCAUUCCACUUGUUCUCUCUCUUACCUAGAAAACACAGAGCCGUCGUGUUGCUGCAGUUGCUGUCAAAAUGCUGCCACUUUCUUCCUGGAUUUUGAAAUGAAAUCUUGAUUUAUUGUUCCCAGUUCAGUUCAGCCCAGCCCCCUUUCCUCUCGUGCUUUUCUUCCAUCUGAGGGUUCUCCUUUUGCACAGUCAUGCUGUAUUGAUGAUGGUGAUGAUUAAAGAAAUUGGAGAUCAGUAUUGGCUUAAAUUGUGCUUUAGGGGCAGUAGAAAUGCGUCCAUUCAUUGAAACAAUUGGAAAAUGUACAGCUGCCUACAUCAUCUGUUACCCCAAUGCAGGUCUUCCCAAUACUUUUGGUGGUUAUGAUGAAACUCCAGAAGUGACUGCCAAGCAUAUAAAGAAUUUUGCUUUGGAUGGUUUGGUCAACAUAGUUGGAGGUUGCUGUGGUACCACACCAGCACAUAUCAGAAAAAUUGCCGAAGCUGUGAAAUUCUGUAAGCCUCGUGUUCCACCUUCUCUCUCUCAAGGAUACAUGCUGCUGUCAGGUCUGGAGCCAUUCAGGAUUGGGCCAUACACCAACUUCGUUAAUAUUGGUGAACGUUGCAAUGUUGCAGGAUCACGGAAGUUUGCUAAACUCAUCAUGGCAGGCAACUAUGAAGAAGCCCUGAGUGUAGCCAAAUUGCAAGUUGAGAUGGGGGCCCAGAUUCUUGACAUAAAUAUGGAUGAUGGGAUGUUGGAUGGCCCCACUGCAAUGACCAGAUUUUGUAACUUGAUUUCUUCAGAACCUGAUAUUGCAAAGGUGCCAUUAUGCAUAGACUCUUCAAAUUUUUCAGUGAUUGAAGCAGGUUUGAAAUGUUGCCAAGGGAAAUGCAUUGUAAACAGCAUCAGUCUAAAGGAAGGUGAGGAAGACUUUCUGGAGAAAGCGAGGAAAAUUAAAUUGUAUGGAGCAGCUGUGGUUGUUAUGGCUUUUGAUGAAGUGGGGCAGGCAACAGAAACAGAAACCAAGAUCGCAGUUUGUUCCAGAGCUUAUCAUCUCCUUGUGGAAAAAGUGCACUUCAAUCCAAACGAUAUAAUAUUUGACCCUAAUAUUUUGACCAUAGGAACUGGAAUGGAAGAACAUAACCUUUAUGCCAUAAAUUUUAUCAAUGCUACUAAAACCAUAAAAGAAACACUGCCAGGAGCCAGGAUAAGUGGAGGUCUUUCCAAUCUGUCCUUCUCCUUUCGAGGAAUGGAUGCCAUUCGAGAAGCGAUGCAUGGAGUGUUCCUUUACCACGCAAUUAAGUAUGGCAUGGACAUGGGAAUUGUGAAUGCUGGAAAUCUGCCUGUGUAUGAUGAUAUCCACAAGGAAUUGCUACAGCUGUGUGAGAAUCUAAUCUGGAACAAAGAUCCUGAUGCGACAGAGAAACUUUUACAUUAUGCUCAGAAUCAUGCCCAAGGAGGAAAAAAAGUUGUACAGACUGAUGAGUGGCGUAAAGGCUCUGUGGAAGAAAGGCUGGAAUAUGCUCUCAUCAAGGGCAUUGAGAAGUAUGUCAUUGCAGAUACAGAAGAAGCAAGAUUAAAACAGGAAAAAUAUCCUAGACCUCUAAAUGUAAUUGAAGGGCCUUUGAUGAAUGGCAUGAAAACUGUUGGUGAUCUUUUUGGUGCUGGAAAGAUGUUUCUGCCUCAGGUGAUAAAGUCUGCUCGAGUUAUGAAGAAAGCAGUUGGCCACCUUAUUCCCUAUAUGGAAAAAGAAAGAGAGGAAAGGAGAGCCAAGCAAGGCAGCACAGAAGAAGAGGAUCCUUACCAGGGUACAAUAGUACUGGCAACUGUGAAGGGAGAUGUACAUGAUAUUGGCAAGAACAUUGUGGGAGUUGUUCUGGGCUGCAACAACUUCAGAGUUAUUGAUUUAGGAGUCAUGACUCCAUGUGAUAAGAUAUUAAGAGCUGCUGUUGAGAACAAAGCAGAUAUAAUUGGCCUGUCUGGUCUCAUCACCCCAUCUUUGGAUGAGAUGAUUUUUGUCGCCAAGGAAAUGGAGAGAUUGGCAAUAAAGAUUCCUUUGCUCAUUGGAGGAGCAACUACUUCUAAAACACACACAGCUGUUAAAAUUGCGCCACGAUAUAGCGCACCUGUAGUUCAUGUCCUGGAUGCAUCCAAGAGUGUUGUGGUUUGCUCCCAGCUCUUAGACGACAGUAUAAAGGAUGAUUUCUUUGAAGAAAUAUUAGAGGAAUAUGAAGAAAUUAGACAAGAACACUAUGAGUCUCUCAAGGAAAGAAGAUACUUGUCUCUACAGCAAGCUAGAAGAAAAGGUUUCCAUAAUGAUUGGUUAUCAGGCCAUAUACCAGUUAAACCGAAAUUCAUUGGCACAAAAGUCUUUGAAGAUUAUGACCUGAGGAGGCUGGUGGAGUACAUUGACUGGAAGCCCUUCUUUGAUGUCUGGCAACUUAGGGGAAAGUAUCCCAACCGGAGUUUCCCUAAGAUCUUUAAUGAUAAAACUGUAGGUGAAGAAGCAAAGAGAGUUUAUAAUGAUGCUCAGGAUCUACUGAAAACAUUGAUUAAUGAAAAGAAAUUACAAGCCAGAGGUGUGGUUGGGUUCUGGCCAGCUCGAAGUGUUCAAGAUGAUAUCCACUUGUAUGCUGCAGAAGAGGCAGUGGGAUCUUCAGAGCCAAUAGCAAAAUUUUAUGGUUUGAGGCAACAGGCUGAAAAGGACUCUGCCUGCACAGAUCCAUAUUACUGCCUCUCUGACUUCAUAGCACCACUGGAUUCUGGCAUUUGUGACUACUUAGGCCUUUUUGCAGUGGCCUGUUUUGGUGUAGAUGAUUUAUGCAGUGAAUUUAGGAAACAGGAGGAUGAAUACAACAUCAUAAUGGUGAAGGCUCUUGGUGAUCGGUUGGCAGAGGCAUUUGCUGAGGAGCUUCAUGAACGAGUUCGAAGGGAAUUCUGGGCUUACAGUAGUAGUGAGCAGCUGGAUCUCUCUGGCCUACGCAAAAUUAAAUAUGAGGGAAUUCGCCCUGCCCCUGGAUAUCCCAGCCAGCCUGACCAUACAGAAAAACUCACCAUGUGGAAACUUGCAAACAUUGAGGAAACAACAGGAAUUGGUCUAACGGAAUCACUAGCAAUGAUACCUGCUUCUGCAGUUUCUGGCCUCUACUUUUCCAGUCCCAAUUCCAAAUACUUUGCUGUUGGCAAGAUAUGUAAAGAUCAGGUUGAAGAUUAUGCACUGAGAAAAAAUUUGUCUGUGGCAGAGGUGGAGAAAUGGCUGGAACCCAUUCUGGGAUAUGAUACUGAACAACUGUGAUAUUUGUGGGUGCACUUCCUUUUUUGAUGGUGUGUUUGCCAGAAGGAACAAGAAGAUUCUUCCCACUGGAAACAGCUUUUUUCCAUCCACCCCAAUAGCUUGUCUGAUUGUCUUAAAUUUUUAAUCAAGGAACUUAAUAUUUCAAAUCAAGUCUGCCUGGUGCCCUUGGCUUGGGACCAUGAAUGUAUUUAGUUUCUCAGUCACAGCAGCAUACUUUUAUUUAUUUUUAUGUUUUCACAAAGACUCUAGCAGAGAAGCUAGGUGUAGGGUGAGAUGGGGAAACUGCAAAGCUUUCCUGUUCUCUGGAAGAUUUUGAAAUCGGGGCAAGAAUUUCUCUCCCAUGGCUGUGGAUAUGCAUAGAACAGAAUUUGACUUCUGUUAUUGUAGUGUGUUUUGGCAAGUUCAGGGACAGAAAUAUGAUGUGAUUCUUCUGCAAAGUCAUAAAAUGUUUUAUACUGAGUGAUCAAGAACAACUGAAGUACAACAGAUCCCCCUUUUAAAAAUCUUCUACUCAGUGUUUAGUCUUGGGCUUGGGAACACACAUUUUUCUCAAUGGUAGAACUAUAAGAAUAAUACAGUCUUCUGGAGUGGUAUCAGAGAUCUGUAUUGGGAAAUGGGAUGACAGAGCCCAUGGAGUUGUCUGCUUUGUGCUUCCUCUUCCUUUCAGCAAGUCACAAUCUGUCUGUCAAUUCUGUAUAAAGGGUACUGGCACUUCCUACCUUACAGUUAAUGUUGUCAAGCUUAAUUCAUACAUAAAAUAAUCAUUUGUACAUGAAAAUUAUGAGAGCAGCAUAUUUGCUACUGUAGACAGCCAGGAAGCUUGGAGCUGACUUUUACAAAAUUUUAACCUUCUAGAAAACUGGAUUUUAAAAGCAAAUAGUACUGUCAUAUAUAACAGUUAAUAUUGUAGACUAUUCUUCAGAUUUAACUGAGUGUGCUAACUGUUCAUAGCUUUCACUAAUUUCUGAAAAGUGUCUCAAGUAUUAUUUAAAUGCUGAUUUGUAAAAUAUUAGGACAGAACCCCCUCAUUUUUUUGGUCUCUAAUUGUAAACAAAAGACCAAUGUCGUAAGGAAGAUGUUCUUUUAAUAGUUUAUUGCAGUCUAUUAAUAGCUACAUAAUUUUUGUAAUGUCUUCAUCUGACUUUAUGCUGAAAGAAUCAUCUUGUAUCAACAGUUUAAUAAAGAUGGUGUUAUCCUAUUA